GGCAGGAAAUGAACCUGUCUCUCACUCAGGCUGCACAGUUUCAAAGCGCUCGCAGUGGCCUGUAUAUAUCUGGUUAUUACUGGAAAUAAUUUUGCACUCGAUUGCGUCUCAGCCAAUCAUAGCGCACAGCUCAGACAGCUGACUUAUUUUUUUGUUCGUGUAAAAUUUAACCUAAAUUAUUAAGAAGCCUAUCAAUGAAGGGGGAAAUGUGGAAAAGCGUGCAGGGCCGGUGAAUGGAGGUCACCGCAGACACUGAGUGAGUCUCAGCGGUGAGACAGAGAGGGGGAGAGGGAGGACGGACAGCGGCUAGCCGCCUUCAAAAAUGGCGUCUCCGGAGGAAAAUGAGAAAAAAUAUUUAAACGCGGCCUGCUAUCUUUACACUUCCUAGUUCGGUUUCACGACUCUUUUCGUACUCUGAUAGCGUUCUUCUUCUGCGGGCAAAGUCAUUAUUGGUUUUACUCGUAUCGUUAAAGAAAGGAGAGAAAUUGGGAGCAUUUGGGGCAAUAAAAGCAGCCCUGUUUUAUUUUGAUGCGACGUUACUGACAGCUAGCAUCUGCUGCUAGCCCACAGCUCUGCUCCGGAGGGGGGUGGGAACGAUUUGCAUGCAAAGAAAAAAAUCAGAUUUUGAAAUUGGGGAUUUCUUUGCUCGUCCAAGGGGAAUGGUUGUUACCAACGUGGCCCGUCGUUUGCAAUCUUUUCUGUUGCUAGCAGGGUAGCAAAGACUAGCCCGAAGAAAGGGGAGGAGAGACGGUGAAAAAGGACGCAUUCAAAUCAAAUGUUUAUCAGUAAUUCGUCCAUCAGCGGCCAAAUCCGCGGCAUCUCCAUCAUGACCUGGACUGAUCGUGGACUAUAUCGGCAAUCGUGGAAAUGAUAAACGUGAAAGUCGCAGGAAAAGGAGAACGACUGGCUUUUUUUGGAGGUGGUUGGAUUAUAACCCCGUAGACCCCCCUCUUUUUUCAUCCAGCUUUCUCCUCCUCCCCUCCAUUUCUCUUUCAAUAUGCUGUUUUCCACUCCUGAGGACUUGCUUAUGAAACCGGGGAAAAUAGCCUGAAACCGAGAACUGGAAAGACUGGGUUUUUACCCGUAAUCUGCUCGUUGCUUUCGUCCUCAUCGCACACAUUGUACAGCACAUAAAUGGAUAGAAAUUACCCGGGAACAGGGUUUGGUGAUUUGGGCGCAGGAGCAGGAUGGAGUUACGAGAGAUCGGCAAAAGCAAGGUAUGCAUUGGAGUCAGACAAUGUGCAUGCAUCACUGGUACUUUGCAGGGCACGGUGUGGCCCAUGUAAACAAAUUGUCGCAAGUGGGUUCAUUUAUAGUGCCAUGCCAUGCCAUUAUGUGUAGUGCAUUGUCAUCCAAACAGUUGCAUAGUAAUAAUAUAAUAAACGGGAACGGAGCAGUGUGUGCGUGUCGUGGGGGUGGGCGGGGUGGAGAAAGGAAAGGUUAGGGAUAUGAAUUGUGAGAUUGACAGACGUGGGUUUUAGGUGGACAUGGCGGGUUGGAGGUGGGGGUAUGUCUGGAGCAUCCAUAGGAAUUAUUGUUCCCUGUGUGCAGGCCUGGACACAGACCCUGAUAGAUAAAUCCUCCAGAUUGAAGGGAGCUGCAAAGAGUGCAGACGCAGCAAACCCCUAACAGCAGCCCCCAUGAUAGACAUCAACAAGAAGGACAGACAAAUAUUAACCUCAGGGAUGCAUUCAAUAUCAAAUCUAGUUUAAAAGAAAAAAGGGAAAUACGAAACUCUGGAAAUGGACCUGGUGCCAUUCUCUUCAAAAUGUGUGUUUUGCCCAAGCGUGAUCUAAAUCUUUGGUGUGUGUUUUGGAUGCUAAUUUGCAUAAUGAAGAUGCAGAUAAUUCCCAUUAAUUGUAACUCAUAAUACACAUUUUGUGCUAAAAUAUAAACCUAUGCUUGUGUAAAUUAACAAUAUGAUUAAAUUGCCAGGACCUUGCUGGACAAGAAAGCCCUGUUAGCUUCACGUUAGCAUGCAAGCUAGCGCUGUAUUACAUGGAAGUCAGUAAAGGCCUGUGCAUUAAAGCAUCCAUGGCUCCAAUUAUCCGCACAUUUUUCCGGUAUUAAAAGGUAAAGUUUCCUGAAUGUAAAUUUUUUUGAGAGCCAGCAUGCUCCCAAGGGAAGUCGUAUUUUGCGAAACAAACCAGGCUAGGUUCUGGUGUUUGCAUGCAGCUUAGCAUGCAUUUGCGUCGACUUGCACCAUCCAGCUGUUAGCUACAUCAACAUAAUCACUGUUAGCAGACAAUUGACUUGUUUGUCUUAGGUAUUACUUGAAGGAAUUCUGUUUUUCAUUAGGCCUCAAUCUGCACUUUGAUUCUCAUGGUAGGGAUAUACGUUAAAAACCCACUGGCCUUAGAGUGUGGGCCUAGUUUCUACAUUUCUUCCAUAGCUGAUGUGCAUUGCUGCUAGGCGGCACUAGCAGCAGCAGAAGUGCUUCCAUGUUAUCUGGCCAGCCAGGCAGCCACGCAUUUUAUCUGCCGUUCCUAUAGUUAAGUCCUGCAGCUGGCAAACACUCCCGAGUUGGAAAAUGAGACACUUUUAGUUAGAAAAGUAUUUACUGUAUAAUUUUGGAUUGUAAGGGUUUAUAAUUACACAUGCAAACAGAGUAUUUCACGAUUUUGCACGACACUUUCCUGGUUUGACAGAUUUGCAUUCACUGUAUUACACUUGUGUAUGGUGUCACUAAAUCUGUCACUGACACAGUGAUCUGACUCACCUCUACUAUCAUUUGUUUUAUGUUUAAACAGACUCAUUAAGGGUUUGAUUUUGACAUGAGGAUUAUAGCUGACAAGAUUCACUAACACAAAAGCAUUUUUGAGUUGGCAUCAAAAAUGUGGAUUUUGUGUUGCAAACACAAUAGUUGGUUCUUUUCCAGUUUCAAGCAGCACAUGCUGAAACAGUCAUUUUUAAGGGAUUACAUAUUUGAGAACAGAGUAGGUGCCUGUAUAUGCUAAUAGACUGAAAUUAAUAACACUUUACAAUUUCCCGCUCUCUCUGUAGUCUUGUGUAUGGCAGUUCAAGAUCAUCCCACCCUGAGUCUGAGCUCCUCCACCGACAAGCCUACGCCACCCCACACCCUCUGCAGGGCUAUGCCACCAAUCACCACCCAGGGAGCUCUGGCCAAGGCGGGGCUUGGGGAGCAGCUGGACGGAGUUUGGGUGAGAUAAAUGUUAUACCUUACAUGUCACCACCAUAAGGAGCCUUGACCAUGAGUAAUCUUUCCUUGCAGGCAAAAGUUAGAUUGUUAAGUAUUGUCUUUGAAAAUUUUGCCCAUUUUCGCUUGAUUGAGAUUCUCACUCAGUUUUAACUUAGGUUUGUUUUCAGCCAAACAGGUUGAAGUUGGUUCCAGCUACACUCAGAACCACUGGUUUACAUGAUGACAUGAAAGAACAUGCCUGAAGUCAUCUACAAAUGACUUUUUAAAUUUUAUUUCGAAUAUCUGUCAUUCCACUCUCUGCAUCUUGCAGUUACUCUUUCAUUUUUGUUAGUUAAUCAAAAUUGAUGGUUCUGUCAUUCUCAUAGGUUUGUCCGGGCUCUUUGACACGGGCCUGCACCAUGCUAGCCCCUCUGCCCCAGAUGCCUCCGUCAUGAAUCUGAUCUCAGCCCUGGAGUCCCGGGGUCCCCAGCCUCCACCCUCUGCUUCCUCCCUGCUCUCCCAGUUCCGCACACCAUCCUGGCAGACAGGUGGGGCUGUGUUAGAUCUUCCCUCAUGUGUUGACAUUCAAACAGGCCCCACAGUCAAUAUGACAUUUAAAGACCCUGCCAAUGUUUGGUAGAGAAUAUGACUGAGUUGCCGUUUGAGCAUUCCAUAUCAAACUUAAACACAAAAAAUUCAUUUAAAACCGUUUUCAAUAGUCUUUUGACUUUUAAUAUUUGAUAUGUAAAAUAACUCUGUGGAUGUGAAGUAAUUUUGAAAUUUGCUUUCCUUUUCCUCACAGCAAUGCACACGCCUGCUCCUCCUGAGCUAUUCAUCUCCGGGGCCCUACCUGGCUCUGGCUCCUUCCCUUCCUCCUCCGCUCUCUCAGCCUAUCAGCAUCCAGCAUCUUUCUCCAGCCGCUCUUUCCCUGCGACCUCCCUUACCCUCCAGGACACCCCUACAUUUAGCCCAACAUCUAAUGGCCUACUUUCCCCACAUGAUCCCCUACUUCACAUUAAGGCCCCCUCUCAGUCCAGCCUUGGUUUUGAUAGACUCCUGUCCUCGCAGGGUGCUGCCGCAGCUGCCUAUAGGGGUAGCCAGGAUCCCACGAGUGCCACUUCAGCCCAGGCCUCCUCUGCCAGGCACCUGCAGUCACACCAGUUCAACCUGCUGUCAUCACAGCUCCAGGACCAGUCAUCCCAGCUGUAUAAUGCAUCAGUUUUUUCUUCAGCUCAGCCCCAACCACAGUCCCAGUCCCAGUCCAAUUCGGCUCAGGAAAGGGCUGUGCCUAGGCAAGACAGCGUCAUCAAGCACUACCAGCGGCCUACACCUGCUCAGUCUCAGCUCUCGUCCUCUGCUGCCCACUCCCUUCAGCACUACCUCAGCUGUGGAGGAGCGGGGUACCAGCAGAUUGCCACCCACCACAGGCAUGCUGGUCUAUCUUGCAGUCCACUAGGCGACCAGAGCCCUUCAUCUGACCACAAACCCUCAUCUCGCACUGAACAGUAUCGGCCAAUCAUCCAGCCUCCCUAUUCCUCCUCUUCCUCCUCCUCCUCUUCUUCCUCAGCUGGGAAAGGUACCAAAAGCAGCUCUAGCAGCGGCUAUUCUUCUGCCAGCUCAGCCUCAUCCUCAAGAACUCCUCACACCCCUCCCUCUGCUUCCUCUACCUCUUCUUCCUCCUCCUCUUCAUCUGCCACUUCUGGGGCCCAUCCCUCCAAUUCAAUCCCAACUUCCAGCUCCAGUGCAGCCCCCUCCAGGCAGCAGCCCCCACCUCAGCCUGCUCCUCCCCCUGCUCCUCAGCAGCAGCCCCCUGCGACUUCUUCUUCAGCCCCCCAGUCCCUCCCCAAAUCCUGUCUCUCAGGCUAUGGUUCUCCCGUGCCCCCUGUAAAGACCCCUACCUCUGCUCUUACAGGCCAAACCCCUCCCCAACAACAGACACAGUCAUAUUCCCCCAAUCAGCCCCCAACCUCCCACCUGGCUCAGUCCUAUGGAGGUUUUAGUUCACCACAAGCUCAAGACCUGAGCUCUGGUACAGGAGGAAAAGGCUAUGGAAGUUUAGGAAGGAGUCAGUCCUACUCCACUGAUAUCUAUGGUUCAGACUCUGCUUAUGGAUCCCUUCCAUCCUCUCUGGGUGGAGCAGGAAGUCCAUCGCUUGGCUAUGGUGCACCUGGCCACUCCCCUGCCCUUUUGAGAUCAAGCGGUUCUUCAGGAAGUGGCGCAUCAGGAGGAGGAAGCAGUAGUGGCACAGGAAGUGGGAACUCUGGCUCAGGGGGAGCAGCAAAUAGCAUGACUAAUGAGAGAGGUGGUGGUGGUAGUGGUGGAGGGUCUUAUCAUAUUCCAGACUCCAGUCCCUCCCCAUCAGGCAACUCGGGCAUCAUCCGUCCAGGGUUGCACUCCCCAGUACCCACUUGCCCCACACAAUCUCCAGGUGGUGCAGGCUCUAAUAAAUACAUCUCAUCAGUCUUGUCCCCCACCUUCCUUGCUUCCCCACAGGGUUACCCCGACACCCGAGGUCCCAGCUCCCAACCUCAGUCGUAUCACUCCACCUCCUCCAAAACAAAAGCAGACACUUCCAUGCUUGGAGUGGGGACUCAGCGAUCCCAAGAAGAAGUAGAUGAUGAUGAUGAAUUCUUGAUUCAGCACCUGCUGCAAGCUCAAGCUAGUCCCGCACCCCAGGCUGCUCAUCACCAUUCCCAGCAACAACAACCCCAACAGGCAUCACAACAAUCCCAGCCUCAGCCUCAGUCAGUGCCUCCGACCACUGAUUCAGGCAAAGGGCUGGCUUAUGACAUGGGUAAGACCUCUGAGGAGAGAUACCACCCCCAGAGUGUCAUACGUACCCACAGUGCCACAUCUUCAGCUGGAGUUGGCAACACAGGGUCAGGAGGGUCCAUAUCCGGGCUCGAGAACCAGCUGGAAAUGUCACUGAAGAAGCAGCAGCAACAGCAUCAACAACAACACCACCACCAACAGCAGCAGCAACAGCAGCAGCAAAGGAAUGAGAGGUCUGUUGGAGGCGGCAGGAACAGUGGAGGGAGAAGCAGUGCAGAGCAAGUCCACCCUCAUCUCCAUCACCAUGACAACCUGGGGUCAGUAGUCCAUUAUGGGCGGGGCGAUCCAUACAGCCAACACUCCCUUGCUGCCCAGCACUCCUCACACAGUCAGCAUGUGUCCUCACACUCACAGAUACCAUCCCACAGCCAAAUGGAGCUCCAAAAGAAGCCGCAGGAGCGUGCUGAAAUUUCCUACCAAAGGAAAACCCCAGAGCUACAGCAACAACACUCCCAGUCUCAAGCCGCACCCUCCCUCAUGGAUUCGCCCACUGAUCAGUCUCGUCAGCCCCCACAUCUGCUCCAAUCAGUGUUGUCACACACCACCAGGAACAAGCUGGAGCCCCAUCAACAGCACCACAAGAUGGAUUCCCAUCAGCAACAUCAACAACAGCACCACAAGAUGGACUCUCAUCGGCAACACCAACCGCAUCACAAAAUGGACUCCCACCAACCACAUCAGCAGCACCCAAAAAUGGACUCCCAUCCUCAGCAUCAACAGCACCAGAAGAUGGACUCUCAUCAGCAUCAGCAGCACCACAAACUCGAUUCUCAUUCACAACACCAACAGCACCAUAAAAUGGACUCACUCCCCCAACAGCAGCAGCACUCAAUCAGCCAACAAGCGGUGAUGGAUGGCGCUGGUGGGACUCUCGGUUCAAGUAAACAUCAGGCUCAGUCACAGUCCCAAACCACCCAACUUCAGCUUCAGCUCCAGUCCCAGGCUUUGGAGGUGGCAGCAGCCCACUACAACCAUGGCCCACCUCCACAUCAGCAUGAGCAGAGCCAGGUCAAACAAAGCUCAGUGGUAUCAUCUUUGGACAUGCUGGAGCGCUCCCUCUCUCAGACCUCCAGCACCGACGUAGCUGUAUCAGAGGAUAGACGGGGGGGAGCAGGAAGUGGGGGAAGGAGUGGGGGCAGCACUGAACGACACCGACAGCAGGAGCAACAGCAGAGGCAGCACCCAUCCCACCACCACUCGCAGCAGCACUCCGCCUCAGAGCUUCACUCGUUCCUCUCUGAGCCAGACAUCGGCUUAACCCCUCCAUCUCACAUGCACCACCUUUCCCAGCACCAUCCCCAGCAGCAGCAACAACAGCACCCUAGCUCUCAACACCAACAAACCCACUCCCAUCACCCUCAUACACAACCACACCCUCAUCACAUACCCCCUCAAUCUGCCCAAUCAGCCCACUCUCAGCCUCAGCCUGACCCACAGCAGCCUCUCUCCUCUCAGCUCACCCCCCAGCAAAGCCAGAUGGACCAGCAGCGCUCAGAGCAGCACCAGUUUGACACUGUCAGCCCAGUGGAGAAAGCAGACCAGAAUCAGCAAAGUAACCGCUUUGUACCCCUUACUUCCAUCUGCUUCCCAGACUCCCUCCUCCAGGAUGAGGACCGCUCCUUUUUCCCAGGAAUGGAGGAUAUGUUUUGUGCUGAAGAUUACAAGUCGAGCUGUGCAGGAGGUGCAGGACCAGGGCAGGAGGAGAUGAACGAAAGCCACACUGGGCAGGAAGGAAUGGAUUCAAUGAAAGCUGGGCAAAGUGCAGGUGGGGCUGGGGGAAGUAGUGGAACCAGCUAUGACAUAAUGGGUCACCAUGGUGGAGAUCAGGGGUAUGAACCCUACUGUCAUGGCCUGGAAGAACCUAGUAAUAACACCAUGACUCUGGAUCUGGACUCCCUGAAAACCCAUGAGCUUCCUUCCACCGUUAACACUGAGCAGCUUGGAUUGAUACAGUCACAGGCCCCAGCUAUGGGUAUGGGCUCAAAUACUGCUGGUCCCAACAACCAGGGAGCCAAGCUUUCUUCUGGGCCUGGAGGGGCUAGCUCAGGAGCAGGCUCUGGAGGCCUCCAGUCACCCAUUUUCUGCUCAUCUCGUCCCAAAAAGCUUCUCAAGUCUAGCUCUUUUCAUCUGUUGAAAGAGCGUCGGGACCCCAACACACUGCCUAAGAAAAGUUAUGCCCAAGAAUAUGAGUUUGAAGAUGACGAGGAUAAGGCUGACCAGCCAGCUGACAUCCGUUUGAACAGUCGGAGGCUCCCAGACCUGUUGCCAGACUUGGUUUCCAGCUGCAGAAAGGGCGGAGCAGGAACUGGGUCCCUCAGUCCUUUAAUGGGUGACAUUGACUUCUACCACUCCUCUGGAUACUCCUCCAUGGGUUCACACUCUCUUAUGCCUCAGGAUGGACCCAAGAAGAGAGGUCGAAAGCCAACUAGACCCAAGAGAGAGGGUCCUCCAAGGCCUAGAGGAAGACCACGCAUUCGCCCAAUGCCAGAGCCCUACACACCAAGAGGCAUGAUGGGAGAUAUGGGUGGAACAACAGUAGGAGGGGGAUUCAGUGUGGAGGGACGAGGUAGAGGAAGAGGCCGUGGGAGUCGAGGAAGAGGAGGAAGGAGGGAGGACAUGUACAUCGAAAUGAGUGGGAAAGAGCAGGAGCAGAUGCACCACCAUCACCUCCAUCAGCAGCAGCAGCAGCAACAGCAGCAGCUCCAUCACCAGCCACAACAGUCACUACAUGAGCCCAUACCACCUCUGAAGGUCAGUCUCACUCAGUCUGGAAAGGCCUGAAAGUAUUGAUCUGCUCUCAGACUUUUCAUUCAUACCCACUUUUGCAUGCUUACACGUAUUUGUUAUCUUCCCUUUUUUGUUUUUUUGUACACAACUUUAUUUGUGGCACAGUUUGGUAAACACUGGUUGUUUUAAAUGUGUUUUGAUUUGAUUUAUAAAAAGUAGAGGUACAUCUCACUCUGGAGAUAAAAAAUUAUAAGUCUCUCUUUGUAUUCUGUCUAGUUAGAUUUAUCUAUUAAUGUCCCUGACAUAAUUUACAGUACUAUUAAGGGUGGGAUAAAAUAAUGAUAUGACAAAAUAUCACCAUCUUAACUUGUGCAAUAAUAUUAUUUUACAGUGCCCAGCAUAAGUCAGUACACCCCCCUUUUAAAGUAAUGUAAUACUCAAUAUCUUGAUGAGCAAAAGUACAAUUUCCAAAGUUGUGACACAGCUGAGUUUAACACAUUUUAUUGACCAUAAGAUGAAAAAUUAGGGUAGUAUGGUAACUACAAUUAAGCUUUCCUCCCUUAACUUUAAUUGGGGUCUAUUCCUUUUUGCAUCCUGAUUUUAAAUUGGAAAAAUAAAAAUACUGUUUUGGAUGCAACUUAAAAAACCUUGUUUGCAAUGAAUGGCCUACAUUUGGGGGAGUAUUUUGUUGUCUAGUCUGACAUGGAAAACAUUGAUUUUGAAAGGAAACUAAACGUUUUCUGACAACUCUGAAGGGGUGUACUCAUUUAUGCUGAGCACUGUAUGUCUCUAAAUUUUAAUUAAAGAAUAAUUGAACAAACACCUUACCUCUUUAGAUAAUCAGAUAACAAUGUACUAUUUAUGACAUGAUUUUCUGAAUGUUGAUUAAUAAUUGAAAAUUCACAGUAAAGUGAUAUUAUGGUUUAUUAAAGCCCAUGUAUCAGGCUCUGUAUCAUACAGUGGAUUACCCUGCGGUUCACUUUUUAGAAUUUUUGAAAUCCGAUUACUCUCAAAUGAAUUUUUUAUCCUGGUUCCUGAGUUUUGUCAUCGACGCACAGUGUCUGCACAUUCAGGCCCUUCAAUCUAAACAUUUUUCUCUAUUUUUGUGUAGAUAAAGUUGCCAAUUGGUACCCUGUCCUCCUCCGACGCAUUGCUGAGGACCGACUCUUUGUCUGGCACAGACCCGGCUUUGUCAGACGGUUCAGUGGGCUCUGCUCCCUCGCUCGGUUUAAGCCCCGGACCCCCUUGCAGCACUGAAAGUUCCAGAAACCAGGACAGGAACAAGCAGAAGAGCCAGAUGAUGAGUGAAGGUGUGGAUGAAGAGGGACUGGAGGAAAGGGUGAGAGAUUCAGGAUUAUUUCUUGGCUAUUUUUAGCACAGAGAAAAAAAAAUCAAAUUAAGCUGAUUGCUGUAGUGGUUGUAAUUGAGCAGUAUUAAAGUCUCUUUCUCUUCUGUUCUUUCCAGGGGGAUGAAAAGGAUUCUGAAUCAAAGGCUGGCUUUGUUGCAUCAUUCCUGAACUUCCUCAAGACAGGGAAGAGACCUCCAGGGUUGGACAUCUCACCUGGAAUGGAACCUGACAAUGGGGAAACCUCGCCAUGUAAAUCAGGAGGUCUGCGCCCUCUGUCUCCUGCGCCUCCUCCCCCACCACCUCCACCUCCAUUCGGGGACAGCGAAGGUAAUGGAGGUCUGGCUCUGGGUAACUGCCCAAGCCCAAAACGCCUGGAGGACGAACUGAAGAGGAACCUAGAGACCCUGCCCUCAUUCUCCUCUGAUGAAGAGGAUUCUGUUGGGAAGAACCAGGACCUCCAGAAGAGCAUCUCCUCUGCCAUUUCCGCUCUUUAUGACACUCCUCAGCUCCCCUCCAACAUCCAGCCCCCACUUCCUCCCCCACCACCACCCCAGCCUCAGCCCACUCAGUCCCCGCUUACUCCUACACUCCCGCCUACUCUUAGCCCUCAGCCCACAUUGCACACGCCUCACACCUUGCCCCAGUCAAACGAGCCUGAUGUCCUUCAACCAGAAGAUGGAGACCUGGAGGAGAACAAAGAGGAGGAAAAUGAAGAGGAGAGGAGCACAGGAGGGGAUGAAGAGAGUGAUAUGACGGAGGAGAGAGAGCAACAGCUGGAAACACUCGGUGCCCAUGAUAUUGAUGGUAUGGCUGCCAGCGAUAUUGUCACUCAGCUCAUGUCCCAUUUUCUUGCACAUUGAUGUUUUCUGUUGUAUGUCAUCCCUGCUGACCGCCAGAGAGCGGCGCUAAAAGCGCCGAACGUUACCUUCGCGCAUGCGCAUUUCAAGUAUGCAUAACAACAAUGUCACGUGACCCGUGGAUGACCCGAGAAAGGUAAUAAGUUCCGGUGUAACCCCAGGUUUGUUUCCUAUUUUCUUCUCGCGUGCCGUUACCGCUUGAUGCCCUGUAAAGGCUGCGACUGCGAUCUAUUGUUUUAUUUUGGAGGUUUGUUUUACGCCGCUGUGGCGUCUCCCUUGGUUUAAGACCAGGGUGGUCAAAAGUUUCUCUGACCUCGCUGGACAUAAGGUAAGGUUAUUGAGUAAACUUAAGUUUUCUUUUUAAGUAAGAUGCAUGAUUAUUGACAGUGUAUUUAAAUUGUGAAUUUGUUAGUGUAGACCGCGUUGACGCUCUCUUCCCCCGAAAAACGCGUUCAUUCUUCGGCGUUAGUAAAACUGUGCCGGCACUAUUUCCGUCCCACUGUCUGUCUUUUGUUUGAUUAUUGUACGCCUGCAAACCCUGCGGGAUGCCGGACGCGUGUUUUCUCCACCCGCUUGUUCUGUUGUAGGUCCGUUUAGCUUAGCGUUGGCGCCUAGGCUGCGGAGGCUCACGUCUCUGCUGUUGUACACAAUCCUCCCGGCUGGAUUAGAAGGCGUUCGCGCCCCCUUCCUCCAGCAUAUUAAUAAUGAUCGUGUGAAUGUAUCUAAAAUUGUAGCCUAUGCUGGUGACGGUAACGUUCGCGUCCCCUCUCCCAGCUCACGGCGUUGUGUCUGUAUUAACAGCAAAGCUAUGUUUAAUGGCUUUGAGCUGGGUAGGCGGACAGUAAAAUUGACCACCGAGCGGGAGGCUGGAGUUCGGGUCUUCGAGGUGGUCUCAUGAGGUUACCCGGGAAUUCCACUGGGUCCGGAACGGCUCCGCCCCGGACCGGCUUGCGGAUCAAACACGCAAGUAUUUACCGCCCACCAAUUCCGAUCCGCCGCCGCCAUCGGAAGAGAAGCUCUCAUGGCGAAUAGAUUCCGUGGAAUGACACACAUUGAUAAUGCUUGCGGAAUUGCCUUCCCUGCCGGAGCAGAGCCACUCCAGAUCUUGUCGGUUUUGCUCGUAACGCCUGGUUCACACAGGAAGCGCCGCGCGCGGAACGGAAGCGCCGCGCGCGCGCGCAGCGCCGGCUCGCGCUUGGCUGUUCACACAGGAAGCGCUUUCUGCUGCGCUCUGACAUGCCGGUCAGACAUCGACUGAGCCCGGUAGUGCUCGGCCGUUUCCGUCUGCCCUCAGUUUUCCACACUUACGAGCGCUUUAAAAAUGGGUAAAUCACUAUUUAUUUACGUUUUUAUUUCGUCAUCCAUGAAUUAAAUAUUGACAGCAUCUUCAAGUAAUGUUUUAAAUUAUUAUAUAGGGGUAAACGACGAAUAAAUUGGGGAGUCUGUUGACUCCGUUGUAUGUAUAGCCUUGUUAGCUCGAGGCUAUUGACUGUAUCGUAAUAAAGUCCCCCCCCCCUCUUUGUCUCAAUAACAUCACUGAAUCUCUGCAGCUCUCCCUCCGUGUGUGUGUGUGUGUGUGUGUGUGUGUGUGUGUGUGUGUGUGUGUGUGUGUGUUCAUCGGAAAAAAAAAAUAGACUGACAAGCAACACCGUAAAUCCUUUUCUAAUUUAUCGAAAUUUACUUUAUUUUGAAAAUUGACCGGAUUCUCUCGCAUCUCCUUCCUGACUUCCUGUCUGGUCCGAUCUGCUCUGUUGAGCUUUACAUCGGCGCUCGCGGCUCGCGCCGAAAAUAGAGAGAAGCGGAGCACCCGCGCUCCAGAGCGCGAGCCGUUCCGCGCGCGGCGCUUCCGCGCGCGUGCUGUGUGAACAGUCUCAUAGGUUAACAUGGGCGCCGAUCCGAAACUCUGUGCGCGGCGCUUCCGUUCCGCGCGCGGCGCUUCCAGUGUGAACCAGACGUAAGUCUUGCUGUCCUGCAUUUUGUUCAGAAUCUGUGUCAGGAACCAAAAAAAAAAGUAGCUUCAGCCGAAUGUUUUUUUUGCCGAGUAGGUGGUGUUAUAUUCCUUCACUCAGCUGAGGCAAUUGUGUUGUCCUUAAUAACAUAUAACUGGCCCUUCUUUGAGCAUAGGCCACUGGUGCUGUACAUUUUGUGUCUGCUGUGUAGGUGGCGUUUGCUCCACCUUCCCUCUGUUUAUCGCAACCAGGGAUCUGUUUGGUUGUUCACAAUGGAAGGUUCCAACUGUUGUGUUGCCUGUGGUGCCCUCCUUCAAGCCAAUGAUGGCCAGGACCUCUUCCCAAGGUUCCCUGGCCCCGACAACUUUAGGGAGGGUUUAUCUGACGAACCAUGUAUGAACUGCAGCUACACACCUCGGGCACUGAUGUUGAGCCAGCCAUAGCAUCUCUCAUUAAUAGGAGUGUGGCUCCCCUGAGUAGGCAGGAUCUCCUUUAUGCCUUUCCACCGCUCCCUCUGAUUUGGCCAACACUGCAGAGAGUACUUCAGGAAGGCCACAUACUGUUACUAGUGGCCACCCUCUGGUGGUUCCCCCUGCCGCGCAAUCUCAGUUGUGGCGAACCAUGGUGUCUCCCUGACAAGAAAAACCUGUUGUCCCUACAAAGGGGUCGAGUUUUGGCAUCCCAAUCCACACCGCUUUCGCUUAUUUGUUUGGCUUCUGAAAGGUCCGAACCGCUGCUAAGCAGCUGUGUGGAACCUGUCAUGCGAACCUAAAUGCCAGGGCGCAGUCCAUUCGAUUACAAUAUGAUACUUGGUGGAAAUUGUUAAGUGAUGCAACAACUGCAGGGAAGACCCUGUGCUUAACCUGGUUCCAACGGUUCUCGAGUUCCAGCAGUCACUCUUGGCAAAAGGACAAUCUUCAUCCACUAUUGAGGUGUAUGUGGCUGCAAUAUCAGACUGACAUGCUAGAGUCGACAAUGGCACAGUGGGAAGCCACAACCUAGUGUUGUUGUUUCUUAAGGGGGCUCCGAGGUUCCACCCACCCUAGAGCUCCACGUGCACCGGCAUGGGACCUGCACUUGGUGUUGGAUGGCUUACUUCUGCAAAGCGUGUUAGUGAGCUGCACGCAUUGUCAGUCAGUCCGUUGUGCUUGAGAUGGCCCUCGAUGGUAUGGCCAAACGAUGCUUUUAUCCCAAAGGUGCUGUCAAAUUCCCAUUCUAAUCGGUCUAUAUGGCUUGCACAGUAUAAACCCCCAUCAGGAGCUGGUGAAGCCCAACCAGAACUCUUGUGCCCAGUGAGAGCUCUGAAGUGUUAUAUCGAAGCUACAGCAAGCAUUGGUACAUCUGAACAGCGUUUUGUUUGUUAUAGGGGCCCCUUACAAGGGCUCGGCUCUGUCCAAGCAGUGUUUGUCUCACUGGAUCAUGGAUGCCAUUCAUCAUUCAUAUCAGACGUUAGACCGUUCGCUACCAUCAGUUGUGCACUCUCACUCUACCAGGAGUGUGUCCACAUCUUGUGCUGCCCUGAGGGGAGUACCACUGGAGGAAAUAUGUGCUGCAGCCUAGUGGACAACGCCUAGCACGUUUUUCAGCUUCUGUAAUGUGAUUGUCGCCACACCUCAUCCACUGGGUGUGGGCCUUCAAUCUUCAGAGGCUUCCCAUUAAGGCUGGUAUUUGGAAUUCCUCAUGACUUAGCUGGUAUAAGUCAUUCAGUGCUUUCAGCACCAACAUUUGGUGGUCAGCAGGGAUGAAAUAGAACAAAAGUUAUGAAUGUAACUACGGUUCUAUGAGUCCCAAAUGACCACCAGAGCGUUCUGUCACUCAAAAUCCUCUUGGUCACACGAUAAGAUUCUGUAGGAAACGAAGCUGGGGUGACACCAGAACUUAUUACCUUUCUCAGGUCAGCCAGGGGUCACAAGUGACAUUGUUGGUAUGCAUACUCGAAGUGCGCAUGCGUGAAGGGAACAUUCAGUGCUUUCAGCACUGCUCUCUGGCGGUCAUUCGGGAUUCAUAGAACCGUAGUUACAUUCGUAACUUUCGAUUUGUUGAAUCCUAAAGAUGCUUUAAUUUUAUAAAUAGUAUAAAUUUAUUAAAUCCCUUCAGUUAUUUUUCAGAGCAGUAAAUUGAUCUUUCAAAUGAUUACUCUAUCUGCUCUUUCCUCACAGCUCCCCUUCCAGAUAUUCCUCAAGCACCAGAAACUCCUGAACCUCCUUCUGCCCCUCCGUCUCCUUCCUCAUCCUCUUCUCCUUCCCACUCCCCCCUCCCUCCUCUCUCUCUCCCCUCACCCCCACCUCCACCAGAAGAACAAGAAAACUCACAGCCUCCGAGCCCUGUCGCUCCAACGCCUCCCUCUCCACCACCUCCUCAGCCCACUUCUCUCCCUCAGCCGGCUCCUGAGUCACCUCUGCCUCCUCCUCCACCCUCUGUCCCUGCACCAGCCUCCCCUCCUCCCCCAACUUCUGCUCAGAAGGAGUCUCCAAUGCCGUCUCCAGAAUCUCCUGCCUCUCCAGAAGAACCCCCGCCUCCAAAGAUCACCUCCCUGCACCUUGCCCAGAAGCAGGAAGACGCUGCCAUAGUUGGGGAGAGUGAGGAGGACGAGAGCGAGAGUGGAGGGGAGGGUAUCUUCAGGGAGAGGGAUGAGUUUGUGGUGCGGGUGGAGGACAUUCGAACUCUCAAGGUAAAUGUGUGGAAAAAGUGGGUGACGUGGCAUCAAAUGAAUCUCAUAGUUCUUUAACUGGCCAAAAACUAAAAAGAGAUGCUUGCUCUCUGGUUAAAAGCAAAAAAACUGAAUUUGUCAUUAUAUAUUUAUGUAACCACAGAUAGGUUGGUACUGCCUAAAAGUAGUGUGAUGCAAAUUUUUCAAAGCCAAAACAUGAUCAGUUACGGCCACUUUUUGAAGUGUGAUUUGAAAGCUAAAUCUUGUAGUUGCUAUGUUAAAGAGAUAUGACGUUCUUCUGUGUGUUGUGUGUUGAUGCACAGCUGGCCCUGCAGACGGGCCGUGAGCCUCCGCCCAUUUGGAGAGUGCAGAAAGCCCUCCUGCAGAAGUUCAGCCCUGAGAUCAAAGAUGGACAGAGACAGUUCUGCGCCACAAGCAACGUGAGUUCAGCCUCGAGUCCUCUGAUCUAACCACACCUGUAAACUGUCAUAUUGAAGUGCACUCUUCAGAAAAUCACACAUUACAAGAACUUGGGUUGAUUUUGUACUUGACGUGAGUAGAUUGACAAUUAGUAACCAGAUAGUCACAGAAUUAUAAACUGGUAAUGUUGAUGCCUGAAGUUCAGCUAUCUUAAUAAUCAAUCAAAUUUGUUUGAUUGUUUCUGUCUUAGUAUCUCGGCUACUUUGGGGAUGCUAAGAGGCGAUAUCAGAGGAUCUACGUCAAGUUUCUUGAGAACGUAAACAAGAAGGACUAUGUCCGAGUCUGCUCUCGGAGACCAUGGCGCAGAGCCACACCUGCUCUCAGGUACAGACACUUGCCUUAUCACAAAAUCUGUAAGUAUUUGUCACUGUAUCAAAGAUUUAGACAGAUUUAAUCAGGAAAAGAAAUCCUUAUCCUAAUGCAACAUGUCUGGGACUCUAGAAAAAAGAAGGAUUCAUGUACAGCAUCCUACCAAUACAUUUACUUUUGAACUUUGAGGGUUAAGUUCCUGGAUAGAGAUUCAGUCUUUAUUGAUUCUCUCCUCUUAAAUCAGAUUUUUGGCAGUGUACUGUACAUAUGAUCUGAGAUAUUUUCAUCAUGUAUCACAGGCGCCAGUCCCUCCCUAGAAUGGCUUCCCCUCCUGCUCCUCAGGCCCCUGCAAAAGUAGUUGAGAAGGAGGAGAGAGUGGCUCCACCAGUUCAGCGCGAACAGAGAGAGAAAACGAGAACAUCGACCACAUCGGCAACAAAAGAGCACCGGGAGAAGAAGGAGACUCUGACUGCUGUACCCAAAACCAGGGACAGGGAGAAGGAGAAGGAGCACCAAAAAGAGAAGGAGAGAGAGAAAAGAGUGCAGCCCCAGCAGGAGAAGGUAGAGAAACGUUCUGCAGCAGCAGACCGAGGGAGAGCAAAGGAGGAGAAAAAAGCCGUGGAGAGAAAGGAGAAGCCUGAGCGCCCACCUAAGUCUAAGCCAGCUAAAGUAAAGGCAGAGCCUCCACCCAAGAAGAGGAAGAAGUGGCUGAAGGAAAUACCUUCAUCAUCGGACUCUGACUCGUCUGAAGAGGCAGCCAGUGAAAACGAAAGUAAGACCCUCUUUGGUUUCCUUGUGCCGCGUGUUUCUACACGAUUUUUUUGACCUUGAUGUAAAGAUUGGUCUUCAACACUGAGGUUACCAAGUGUUUCACAAGCUGCAAAUAAGUAGGCAUGUUAUAAAAAACAUGAAAGAAAAGAAAAAAGAUAACACAACAUUCAGAACACAAUAAAUCAAUAUAUUACGUAAUAUAUUUAUAUAAGACAUAAAGUAGAGUUAGAUGAUUGAAGUUCAGAGAAAAACAGGAAAGGCUCUCCAAUAAAAAAGUGUUGAAAGGGACUCAAAGAUUGGGAUUUUCAUGAUUGUUUUUCAAGUAAAUUAAAAUUUCAACUGUUAUUUUUGUUAUGUUUGAUGGUUUUUAAACUCGAACGGUUUUUAAUCCUUUUUAAAAGCUUUAAUCGUUUACAUGUAGAUUAAAAAAACAACAAAGUAUGAAAAAUAAAACUCUGGUUUUCGUCCACAUAGUGCCAGUGAAAGGUGGAGUGAACAACCGUGCCAUGAGGGAGAUGUUCAGGAGCUACGUUGAGAUGCUGGUCAGCACAGCGCUUGACCCUGACAUGAUCCAAGCUCUGGAGGACACAGAUGGUGAGAUCUGCACGUGUAUCUUAAUCAUAGUGUUGUUGUUGUUUCAAAAAAAAAAAACAAUCUGCCAGCAAGUAGAUCCUCCUGUCAGCAUGUUAACUGCAGUAUACUGUGUGCAUGGAGGUUAACCAAACAUCAGCAUCACAAACACAAGCAACAGCUGCCGAGUUUGAAGCCAGCAGUGGCUGAGGGGAUUCUACAGUGAUCACAUUUAACUGUUAAAUCUUUCAACGCUUUCUGAAAUCUAAAUAAACUAGGUGUGGCAGGUUGACUGAAAGCACCCAGAAUACUGAUAGAUGUGCAGCCAGAAGAAGCUGCUUUGUAACUGCCCUUGGUAUCAAAAUGAUUGGCAAGCACAUGAGUGAUGACUAAUCAAAGUUCCUUUCCCUUGAUUGGCCACCAGACGAGUUGUACCUCCCGCCGAUGAGGAAGAUUGACAGCAUCCUCAGCGAACAGAAGAGGAGGCUGUUGAGAAGAGUCGGCAUGAGCUCCCAGCAGCAGGUAACCUGUCCUCAAUGUACAGUUUAGUUCUCUGCAUCAGGACUGGGACCAAAUCAUCAAUUUUACUUUCAGUUUUCAUGUAACAUUCAAAGUGUAUGCAGAUAAUUUGUCAUACAGGAAACAAAUCUGGACCUCUAGAGUAAGAGUUGCACAUAAUGUACUAAAUCCUAGUGCUUCAGCAGAGUCAUUGUUAGAUAAAAAUCCAAAUACAAAGCAGUAAUUAAAAUCAUUAAUCAUGCAAAAAUGCAGCCCCUAAAAACUGCUUACACAAACUCAAAGGAGCAUACACCUCAAAUAUCUUUGCCUGUUUUUUACUUUUUUUUUUUUUUUUGCCAUGCUUUAACAGGAGGUUCUGCACGCGUACCCUCAGAUCAUUGUGGACCCCCUGGAUUCAGGGGUAGUGAGGGUGCGGCUAAGUGGGGACGCUUACAACCGAAAGACCCUCAACAGGGUCAAAAAGACCCUUCCUAAACCACAGGUAUGUUUCAUGGAAGCUCACGAGCCAGUUGCUAGAUUAAAUCUCGUUUUCUUUUCAGAGACUCUGCCCGUUGGCAAGGAACAAACAUUUUUGGUCAGUAUGAGCGAUAACUGUCAGACCAUGCUAAAAAAGAAAUAAGCAUCCGUAAUUCCAUGCAAGUGAUUGGACCAAAAGAGGGGGUGGUGUUGGUUCUUCAUGCUGCCAAAAAAAACAGGGAGAAGACCCAACUUUGAACGCCAUCACAAAUCAAUGAUGAUAUGAACACCAUGAGACUUAAAUGGAUCAGUAUGAGACGUUUUUAGCUUAUCUCCAGGAGAUUUCUUCUAGUUUCUGGGUCACAGUAACACCACGUGAUCAGCAAAGUCAAUCAUUUCAGCUAACUUCUUCAGAUCUUUGGGCAGGUGGGACUAAUCACUUAAUCACUGGGAGGCACUGAUGACAAAGUGAUGCCUGCUCUUACUCUAAAGUACCUGCUGAAUUUUCGCUUUUUAUUUGGAACCAACAGAAAGAUUUUCAUCUUAGUUCUUUCUGUUAAUUGAAGUCGAACUUGACAGGAGCUAGUGAAACCUGACCCCUGAUGUUACUCUAGUCAGGUUUUGUUCUUAGUCCAUGGUCUUUUUCAUUGGUUUAUUGUGUUAGUCUUGAAGUUCUACUGAGUUCCUCUUUUGCACCAUUAUCCAAAGCAACUUUCCCUCAAGGACAAUUAAUUAUAUCUAAUUCAACCCAGUAGAAAUCCUUUUUAUUUAAAACUUCUGUAACUUUUAAGAGGCUUGGUACCUUACAUACCUUAUUUUCUUCUUGCAUGUAUCAAAUUUUAUGUACUUUUGAUGCAGUCUCCAGCACCAUAAUCCAGUGACUAAGAACUACCAAAUCAAUAAAUUCUGAAGAAUAAAAUGACACAAAAAUCAAAAUGGAUUGUCUUGAAUUUUUUUUGUUUUAUUUUUGUUUUUAGGACCUUAAACUGUCAGCUGACUCGUAUCGGAUCUACAGUCUGUACCACUCCCUGCAUCAUUACAAAUACCACACCUUCUUACAGUGCAAGAAGGAGGUAAGACCACACAUUUCUAAUUUACACUUAUUUGACACUAACCCUAAUGCUCAACAGGUCAAAACCAGUGUUAAUUGGUCAUACAUGGAACGAUGGUUAGUGAAAUAAUAGUAGUCAAAAGCUCUAAAUGAUGUAAAAAUUAUUAUGAUGAAAUGUUGAUUAGAAAUAAAUAUUGUGUAGCUGUUGUUUAUUACAGCAGGAUUUGUCACCAGAUAAAACCAGCCCGUAUAUUUUGUCUUUUGGCUAGGAACCUGCCUUGGGUGUUUUUCAUCACUAUUGUCUUGUGUUCCCAUUCCUCUCUUCCAGACCAACACCAUCGAGCAGGCUGCUGAGGAUCCGGGCCAGGAGGAAGUGGUGCAGCAGUGCAUGGCCAACCAGAGCUGGCUGGACACACUCUUCAGCUCUUUCAUCGAGCUGCUCACGCUCAGCACCAAAGUCUGAGCUGGAUGGAAAAACAAGAGAGAGAAAACAAACGAAAAGCAAGAGGAUUUUAAAAAGAGGAAUCCAAAAAUGGAAAAUAGAUGGAUCCUACUGUACAGCCCCCUUACCUGAUCUUCUUCAAAUCUCUGAGAUCUGAGGAUGAAUUUUUAAGGCCCUUGAUAAACACAAAAGGGUCUGUUCAUGUGACCUUUGACACUGGCCUUUGUUCUUUUUCUUGUUGUUGAUCAAUGACUAAAGAAUCGUCGAACUUUGUAAAGAGUAUGGAGCCCAUCCUACUGGACCAGGAGUCGCCGGUGGGUCAAGAGGGAAUUGAAAAAUGUUGAAAAGGGAGUGAUGGACAAAGGAGGAGCUGAAAAUGCCAAGUCAACACAGGAGGCAUCUUGUUAACCGUGUGUCAUACAGAUGGUAGUUUAAAGAGAAACUAUAACCGCUUAGUUUUUACAUAAAUUAUUUUUUGAAGACUAACAUCAGCUGUCGGCUUUUGAAAAGAGUGGAAGAGGGUGAGAAUGCUUUUUAAACUGCGUGUAGAAUGUGCCGUGAGCAGCGUGAACAUGGACUCGUCCAGGAUAGAAACAUGAAAUGUGAUAAUAAACGCUCUCUCUCUAUCUCUAUCUCUCUCGCUCAUCCUGUGCUAUGUGAAGGGCAGCUCCAGUCCGCUGUGUGAUAAUAUAUAAACACAUUUUUAUUAUUUAUAUGAGGAGGUUUUUAACUUAACUCUCACGAGCGCUGGGUUUGCUGCCCGAACAUUUUAAAAACCUUUUAAUUUUCUACAGGUUCAGUAUACAGUUGUAACCCACAUAUCCAAACUGUCUUCCCCUCGAUACAAAUGGAACAUGCUGAGACAGAAAAUACUGGGUGUGUUACAGUGGGUGUAAAAUAAAAGAAGGAAAAGGUAAUUAAAAAAAAAAAAAAAAAAAGAGGAGGAGCAGAUCUAUUUGAAACUUAACAUUGUUGUGCUUCAGUUCAAUCAUCAGUCAUGCAGGUGCAAAGAAAAGAAGUAAACUAUCCAUUUCCCAUGUGGGAAGAAGGAGUAUAAAUAAGUAAUAUUUAAAGAGGAAAUAGUCAUUUCAUUUUUAUCAUUUUGAUGUUUGUGCAUACUAUGACUUAUUUUGAAAACAAUCUAAUUUUCCAUAAAAAAAGGAAAAAAAAGGUGUGUAAAUAUUGUACAGUUCUUGAUGAAAUUCUUUGUUCUUCUGUACAUUAACUCUCCUGUAUUUGAGAAACAAAUAAAAUCUGCAAAGAACAAA